AUGAAAGCCCUGGGAUGCCUUCGAUGCAUUCUACACCUCAUCACUUCAGCCGUGGACAAGGGUCGCGUUUCCAACGAAAUUCGCCGUGGCGAGGACCUUUUGCAGGCCUGCUACCGGGACCUCCAGCACCUCAUAGACCUUCGCAACCAACACCUCGAGUUCCUCGAGACCACGCCUCGGCAUAUUAUCGAGCGAAUCAACACCGUCAUUGACCUGGCGAACAAGGGACUCAUCGAGGGACGCCGCAUCAUCGAAAAGUGCCGCCCCAAAGCACAUCGUGGCAUGAAGAUGACGCUUCAUAGUCGGAUCGAAUGGUCCCUGCGCUCUUCAGUCGAUUUCCACCGUCAGGAGUCCGUAAUUAUUCGUGACAAUGCCGCCGUCUUGGCCGAAUUGAACUACUUGCGGCAGAUUACGGCGUGGACAUUGCCGGGUAACAUGGCGACUACAAGAAAGGACCCCGACAUGCCUUUGCGCAAUGGCCAAGGAGACACCAAGACGAGGUCCGCAAGCGCUCCUGCUACCGCAGCGGCACCGAUGCCGGCCUCAAGAUCAAUGCCGAAUCUGGUGGAAUACUGCGACUUGCCCGAACCCGUCUUUCCCGGUGCGCUUCCGGGGAUGAGAGUGGACAAGGAGACGUUUAAAGAGCUUGCGGUACAACCACCGUCUGCUCAUCUGCCAGCCAUACUUGGCGAAGAUCCUAGUGCCCAUCGCGUCGUCCUAGGCCCCAGUGACGAUAGGGGACUAUUGCUUCUAUUCCAGGGCUAG